UGUGUGUGUGUGUGUGUGUGUGUGUUGAAAGAAGAAAGUAGGAUGGACGAGAAGAAUCAGAAAACGAUAGUUGUGAUUGGUGCAGGUGUCACUGGUCUUACUACAGCAGUAAGUUUAAUGGAAAAAGGAUAUAAAAAAGUGCUUAUUGUAGCCAAGCAUCUACCUGGAGACCUAUCUAUUGAAUAUACCUCACCCUAUGCAGGUGCUCACUGGCGAACCAUGGCGAAAAAUGAUGAUCAAUUACUUCAAAGAUUCGAUACGAUUAGUUAUAAAAAGUUUAUUCAACUUGCAGAGAAUAAUGAAAAGGAAUCUACGGGUAUCAUGAUAGUUCCUAGCUUUGAUUAUUAUGAUGAUGAUUCUAUUAUUGAGAAUACAGAUCCAUGGUUUAAAGAUGUAGUUCAAAAUUUUCAAUUAUUGACAGAAAAGGAUAAUUUACCUGAAGGAGCUAAAAUAGGACAUACUUAUACUACAGUUCUUGUUAAUACACCUGUCUAUUUAAAAUGGUUACUUUCUAAAUUUAAAUCUUUUGGAGGCCAUCUUGUACGCUAUUCACUCUCCCAUAUUGAUGAAAUUUUCAAUUUUUUGCACCAACAACAGCCAACAGAGAUGAAUAAAGAUGAACAGCACUUUGCUGUCAUUAAUUGUACUGGAUUGGGUGCUCGAUUCCUUGGAGGCGUACAAGAUAACGCUUUAUAUCCAACAAGAGGACAAACAGUCAUCAUUAAAGCAUCCCACAUUAAAAAGACGAUUACACAUGUAGGAAAACAAAAAAAUAUAAAUUACAUUAUUCCUAGAUCUGACGGGACUGUCAUUCUUGGUGGAACAGCCAACGAACAUGAUUUUAAUCCCUUUCCAGAUGAUACAGUUACAAAGUCGAUUUUAGAAAAAACGGUUAAUUUAUGUCCAGAGUUAAGAACGGAUCAUCAUCAACCUUUAGACAUCGUUAGAUAUGCUGUUGGUUUACGUCCUACACGUUUAGGUGGACCACGUAUUGAAAAUGAAAUUUUAUUUUCAAGAGAUAAAAGGAGAUCUGUACAGGUUACACAUGCUUAUGGACAUGGUGGAUUUGGGGUUCAAGCAAGUUGGGGUUCUGCUGAAUAUGUCAUUCAAGUCAUGGAAGAAAAAAUAAAUAAACAAGAACUUCAUCUUUCUAAACUUUAAUAAUAAUAAUAAUAAAAA